UUCUAUGCGUCAGAAUUCAGAUUUCAGACGGCGAAAUCACAAUCUGUAGAAUUGUAGAAUAAUGUGUCAGUCGCACUGUGAUAUUUAUUUUUAGAAGACCGUGAGUGAAGCGGAUAUAAUUAAAUACUUUAAUGAAACAUGGUAUUUCGUCUAAAACAAAAUGUCUUCUGAAAAUUGCUUAGUUAAAGCAAUAUAUUCAUUCAAGGGUAAAAAUAAUGAUGAGUUAUGCUUUAAAAAAGGUGACAUUAUAACUGUCACCCAAAAAGAAGAAGGAGGAUGGUGGGAAGGUACACUAGGGGAAACUACAGGAUGGUUUCCUAGCAACUAUGUUACUGAGCACAAAGAUCCAUCUGGUUCUCUGACUACAUCACCCAUAAGAGCAGCUUCUGAAAUUCAAGCUUUUCGAAAUGUUGUUCUCAAAGAUAUCAUUGACUCGGAGAAAGCUCAUGUUGCUGAAAUGCAAGGUCUUGUUACAAACUUUCUUCAGCCCCUGGAAAAAAGUGAUAUGUUGACAAAAGAUGAAUUUAAACAAUUAACUGGAAACAUAAGUGAGGUUCUCCAAAUACAUGAACAGUUCCUUGCACUCCUAGAAGAAUGUGCCACCAAAACCGGACCAGAUCAAAGAGUUGGAGGGCUGUUUCUGCAUUGGGCACCUGAAAUAAAAGCUGUUCAUCAAACAUACUGUGCAGGCCAUCCAAAGGCUGUGUGUAUUCUUGAUAAAUAUAAAGAAGAAUUGAAUACAUGGAUGGAAAAUGCUGGAGCAGUUUGUCCUGGUGUGCUGGUAUUGACCGCUGGUCUAUCAAAACCAUUUCGACGACUGGGUAAAUACCCUGCUAUGUUACAAGAACUUGCAAGACAUGUGCAUGAAGCACAUCCAGAUAGAGGUGACACUCAUCGAGCUUCUGUUGUUUAUAAAGACAUUGCCAGUGGAUGUGCAGCUUUAAGACGGCAAAAAGAGUUAGAGUUACAAGUAGUGACUGGUGAGGUGCGUGGAUGGCCUGGUGGUGAGUUGGCCUCAUUGGGAGAUGUUCUGCAUAUGGGAAGUGUAGCAGUUGGACCAUCACAUCAGGAUAGAUAUCUUGUUCUAUUUCCAUCUGCAUUACUGUUGCUGUCCGUUAGUAAGAGAGUCUCUGCAUUUGUAUAUGAGGGAUGUCUUCCAUUGACUGGUAUUUCAGUUUGUAAACUAGAUGAUACUGAUAUAAGGAAAAAUGCAUUUGAAAUAAGUGGACCAAUGAUAGACACAAUAGUAGCUGUAUGUCAAACAAAAGCUGAAGCUGAUAAUUGGGUUAGCCUGUUACAAAAGCACUCCAAUAUAAACAGUCCUACUCAUGAACCGAAUCAGCCACAAUCCUUACCACACAUGGCCUUGAGCGACAGCAGUAAUGAGUUAUCGUCCGGUCUUACGAACCAUAAAAGAUCACAUUCAUUUAACAAUCAUCAAAGCUACACGCAACACACGCAGCAAACGCAGAAGAGUAAACAAAAAAAUCAAUCGGCGCGCUGGCUUUUAAAUUCCUGUGAUUCGCUUGAUCAGUCACCCGCUAAAUCAAAUAAAGUGCCAAUUGGAAAGAAAUUCUCCUCUGUCGAUUUCAUCGACACAACUGGCUCAAGUUAUAGCAGUAAAGGCUGGAGUGUAACGUGCCUGCGGCCGGCGCCCCCGCUGCGGCCGCAGUCGUUCGCGGCGGGUUCGGACGAGAACAUCGGCCCCACGCACCCGUACGCCCCGCACCAGAGGAAGUCUAACUCGUACGAGGAGGAUGCGCUCAUCUUAAAGGUCAUCGAAGCGUAUUGCACCUCGGCACGGUGCAGGAACGCCGUCAGUUCCGUGGACUGCGGCCACUUUUCUCUCGGUAAAGUACAAUAUCACGCACACGCCACUAACAAACCGCAUAGCUAUACUAAAACGCCCGUCGCUCCCGGCCCGAGGAGCGCGACGCCGGAAUACGCCGGCCGCAGUAAGGCGUCGAAAGUGAAGCGCAACAAGAGCUCGUCCGCGGCGGACGCGUGUCUGUACCGGGCGGACACGCGGCGGCUGCUGGCCGAGCGCAAGUUCCACCUCAACCGCUCCAACCCCAGCCUGGGGGAGUACGCGGAGGAGCGCGGGCACAGGCUGCGGGCGGGCGAGCGCCGCAGCGGCUCGCACCCCAGCCUGGCCCCGCUCCGGCACCCCCCCGCGCCGGCCCCCUCCGCCCGCUCCUCCACCUGGUGCUGCGGCACCUUCGUCAAGCAGCUCACCAAGUCGCACCACUUCGACUGACAGUGACCCCCCGUGUGCUCGCUCGCGUGAUCCCCAGAGACUCGGCUUUCCACUCACGUUGCUAACUUCGCCCUUCCCCGAGCCAAGCGUGCGCGCUUGACCGGUCGUGGUACUCCGCUUUUCACUUCAUCUCGUUUACUAACAGCAUCUCACUCCAUAGCUCAUUGUGUAUCGUUUCAUGGGGUGUGAUUGACGUGCAUGUUUCUUUCGAGUGCCAUUAUAUGAAAUUCCUAUGUAUGUUGUAGGUAUGUUAUCUAUGUGAACAUAGACUUUUAUCGGACUGGUGCAGUUGUGUAGUGCAUGUGCAGUAUUAUAGAUCCUUGUAAUUUAUUUAGUGGAGAAUAUGGUGCAUAUGUAUUUUUAUGAAUAUUAUAUUAUAAAUGCUUAUACAUACGUAUAAAAAAAUAUUUUACGUGUUAGCGUGUUGUAUCAUAUGUACUUGUAUAAUUCCGAUAUUUGAAGACUACACGAAUGUAUUUAUGUGAAUUCAGUAAAUUUUAUUAUUCGAUUGCAUGUUUAUUAUUGGAACUAGAUAUGAAUAUAUUAUAAUAUAUGUAGUAUCGGUUUAUAUGUAUGUAUUAUUUUAUAUGAUUAUUCCUAUUGAAAAUAUAUUUUACUCUAAAAAUUACGUGUUACAGUCGGCAAAAGUUAUUAAGUGAAAGUUUACCCUUUCUACCCAGACACUAAGGUCCGAUUUUACCCGUGAUUUUGAACGCGAUCAAAAUCCUAUAAAACGAGCUUAAAUGUUUAACGUACUUGCAAUUAUAUAUUAUCAAAGUCAACUGAACUAAGUUCAAGCAAAAAUAAGUUCAAAUCCUUGAUCUGCAAGGUUUCUGCGUUUAACAAGUUUGAACGCGUUUAAAGUCAUGUCAUGUUGUCAGAUUCAUUUUAAUGAUUAUAUGAUAUUUGAUAUUAUAAAUUAAAUUUUAUUAAUGUUGUUCCUAUAUAUAAUACAGAACGAUUGAAUUUAAGUUAAAUAUGGGUUUUUGUAAAAUAGGUUUAUAGAUAUUUUGUAAAUUCUAUUAGAAAAUAUUACCCAUGAACCAUGAAGGAAUGAUUUAAACUAUUAAAGCGUGGAUUCCAAUUGUCUUAAAUCGAAUUUAGGACUGACAUGUGAACUAUUUACGUAGAACUGAGUUACACUGAUCGCGUUUGGAGGUGUUAUUGGUGAAAUCGGUCCUAAAACUUUUAACAAAGCGAUCAAUAUAUAUUAACCAACGAAACGUACGCAAUUAUACUUAGUUUUCGAAAUGUGCAAAAAAUGUAUACAAAAUAUAUGCAUACUCUUUAUUUGUAAAAUUAAACGAUUGCGUCUAGACAGGCGUCCCUCAUCGACAAUAAGCGACCGCUGAAAUGGCUAUAAUCUCACCGAUUCUUUUAGUGUGAUUAUACUGGCGUUUUGUGCUUUUCUUUUUUUAAAUAUUAUAAAUUCAAUCAUUACACAUAAUCAAUGUUCUUUCGAGCCAUUUUUCAGUCAAUACCUUGAUUAUUUUACUUUUACCUAAGUUAGGAGCUGAGCGAAGAAUACAUUUUUAAUCAGAUAAGAAGAACAGAAAUAUUAAAUUAUGAAUUUUUCGUGCAUUAUUCGUAUCGUCAUCAUAACAAAGUACCGCGCAUACUUAAAAAUUGCUGCGAAAAUGCAGGCGAAAGCAACCAGCCGGUAGUAAUAGGGUUGACGGCGCUAAUAUAGACGAGCGAGUUAAGUGUUCUGUUUUAGAUGCACGCUGUAUAAUCAGUACUCGUCGCGUCGCAUAUACAUUCGUUUAAUAUUGAACAGCAAUGGUGCAUUUACACAAUCGCGCGAAUAGCGACGCUAUUAGCGAGGCGGAUAACGAACACGCAUACACUCACCAUUCGCCUGAAGAUUCGCGUGUUAUUUAGAUCGGUUCGGACGUAAUCAAAGGAAACACAAAUGUGUCAGUGGUUCGCGUCCACACUCGUAUACGAAUGUUUCGUCGAUUAUAUCGCCGUGUCACGAGGCGGAUAGGGAACACGGAUGUGUAAAUGCACCAUCAUAUAGCGCACCGCAACUACAAAACUCCGCAAUUCAGGCUAUUGACCCAAAGCUCACUUCUGACAUUACUCGAAACAAAACCAUUACAAACAGGUUAAGUAAUGCUUCUUAAUUGUAAAUUUAAAAGUGUCUUUGCUUAUUUGUUUGACUUUCUUUCACGUCGUAAAGGAACGAUUCUAUAAUAUGAUGUUUUAAUCUGGAGAUAGGAGUGAUAUAGGCUACUUUUUACCGCGGUUCAACAUCUCAUUCCUAUGGGAUUUACUUUUUAAAACGGGAGCGAAAUUGCGGACGAUUACUAUAAUUAUUUAUUACCUUACCGAGAUUCGAGAUCUUUGAUAUUAGUAUUUAAUAAACAUAAUUCUAACUUACCUAGACACUAUGUUGUAAAUUAUCAUACUAUUAUUCCACAAAAAUAACUGUAUUUCCGUAAUAUACAAAAGUAAACAAGUAAAUAGAAGGUAUAACAGAUCUUCCCGUGCUGUUUUAAUUUGUUUGUUGUUUUAGAGCUUUCACAGAAAUAGGCCGGCUGUUCAAACUAAAAUCCGUAGUUUAAAACACGUCGUGGCUCGUCGCACCUAAAAUUCGCUUUUCUAUUGUACCCAUAUUUAGCUUGUAUUUUCAAGUGCCGAUACAAAACAAAAUUUGAAACGUUAUAUUUAACGCUGUGAGAAUAUUGCAUUAUAUUAUUAGUAUCGUGAAAUACUUUAAAGCCCCACACAAAGGAGUAUUUUAUACUUCAAAUACACACACAAAGUUAAUAUGAUACAUUAUGUAGAGACGGUUUUUCAUCGCUCUCCCCAUAUAUGUUUUAAUGACGUCGUAACUGUAUCAUAAAUCUAUACAGGAUAACAGCUGCGUCUCUAGCGUCUUUGUGUUCAUAUUGGGCUGGAAAUAGUUAUUUAUUGAUUCUAAAUAUGAUUUGUUGUUGUGUGAUGCAAAUUUAUAUAAACAUUCUUGUAUUUAUGGAAUGGCGGCCGGUACGUUAUUAAUGAUCGAACUUUUAACCGCAUCACGGCUCGCUCUAAUGGUGUAUGUGAACAGAAAUAUUUUAAAUUGUAAUUCAAUUAAUUGAAUGAAACAUUUCGCGUUCUGAUCUAUUUAUAAAAUUACAUAAUCUUAGACAUAACUACUGCAUCGAUUUCAAAGAUUCUUUCAUCAUUUGAUAUGUAUGUGAUCCCUGAUUGCUAUAGACUAUACAUGUACCUCGGGCGAAGCCGGGGCGGAUCGCUUGUAAUGACGACGUUCGAAUUUUACGUAUCAGCUCAAAUGCACAAUAUUGUAUGAGAACGAGUAUAGUCCACAAUUUUAUGUUUCUAACGUUGAUCAAUGUGUACAUUCUACAUUGCUGAGAAUCAUUCUUAACUUGCUUCGGUUAACUUUGUUCAAAAUGUGGUUGAAUCUAACAAAAUAUACUGUCUCAACUACGUACGCUAUUUCAAUCCAGAAUUCAUAUUCACAUGCAAUAUAUUGUUGAUAUAUAUUAAACGCUUACUAAUUAUUUUAUCCGGGCUACAUAAAGCAUGCGUGUUAUUGAUGAAACCCGUUCCACGAAAAAUGAUUUACAGGAAAAUGUUAUUUGAAGUUUGCUCUCGUUGAUAUAUAUAAAUGAAUAGGUAGAUACGAACAUGGCUACAUUAACCGGGGGCGCUACGCAGUUUUGUUCGUUUUUCGUUACCGCUUUCGCUCGUCCCGUUUUCAUCGAUUUUAAUAUCAUGAUAUGUGUGUAAUCUUUUAAUGUUUAUCCCUCGCCCAAUAGCGUCAUAAACAUAACGUCUACACUCAUUAUUAGGCUUUUCUGUGCCAUUUACCAUUUUAAGUGUACUCGUAUGUACAUAAUGCAUUGAAUAAUUAUCAAGAUACGCGGUUCGACUAGAAAGUUACUGUUGUCUAGUCAAUAAAGUGUCAUUUUUAAUAUUCCUAUUCAUAAAUGUAUUCUAAUUUGAAACAGUAUUAUUUGAAAGAAAAUUGACGCAAUUAAUAACAAAGAAUUAGAAAACUAUUUAGCGUAGUUAGAUUAUUAUUAUUAGGUGUUGUGAACGAUAUGUUUUAAGUUUAACGUUUUAUAACAUUGUCUUUCAUUAUUGUAUCCUAGCGAACUAAAUAUAACUUGUUUUUAUGUGUAAAUUUCCACCUUGAUGUAAACCUAGUACAUAAUGUGAUUUGUUAUUUCGAUGCAGAAAAAUAUAACGAUACUGUGUGUUACAUAAUGUUAUUCAUAUUUAUUUUUAUAACGAAUUAUUGUAGGUUACUCGUUUAAGUAUCAAUAAAUUUUAUGGAAAUUUACAAA